AAACCUGCUAAUAAGUAGUAAAAUAAGGUGCAGAGCUGAAGAAAGAAGCAGUAAAAAUGGAAAUGAAAAUGUGCACGUUCGGGAGUUAGAAGAAGCUGUAAUGCAUCAAGGUCUUGGACUAGCCCUAUGCCACUGUCACUGUAUACUUCUAGUUUUGGUUGCUUUUGAAUUUAUAAUUAUGAGGACAACACCAUAAAAUAAGCAUGAUAUAUCUAUCAGAUGAUAGUUUCAAUUUCCAAAAUAACAGACAAACUCAGUUAUCAAUCAGAACUUGUACAAUCUACCACUUAAAACCAUCUUUGAAUAUGCAGAUAGAUACGAGAAACAAAGCAAUGGAAGCUCCAAAAUCAAGAAAUGAAUACCAUUCAUGAGAAACUUAAAUGCUCUGUGGCUCUAAAAGUCUUUGCUAAGCAAGAAGGAAUGCAGCAAAACAUAAAGAAAAGAAUCACUCAUCCUCUGCUGAUCACAUGCCAGAGACCUAUUCUAAACUUGGUAAACACAAAACAGCACAAGAACAAUCAUUAACUGCUUGUUUGCAUCACCCAGUGAUCAAACCUUUGACUAACCACAAGAAUUAUUAUUAAGAACUCAGACAUCAUACAAUGAGAAGCAUCACCGAAGCAAAAACACAAAAUAAAUUGAAACCAAAGAUUUGUUCUCUCCAUUUUUGGAUCCGUUUGAAGCUGCUCUAUCACCCGCCAAAAGAAUAUCUCUGUAACUCUCAACUACCAAACGACAAUAAUCUCUGACAGCCACGAGUUUCUUCGUACUCAUUUACAUCCGAAUUUAUUUUAUUUCCUCAAAAACAGAAAAGCUAAUAACGUUCUCCGUCUAUCCACAGCCACACACAAAACACACACUUUAUCCCAAUUCAAGGAAAAAGCACCAAAAAACUCAUCUCUUUUGACUGGUUUCAUAAAUUCGAAGCCAAAAAAAAUCGAUACUUUAACAAGAAAUAGUGUAUACCAUGCUUCUCGGAGGUUCAAUCUCCACUCCUCCAGCUUCUCUCCGGUUAAGGUCCAACUUAUACCCACAAAACGCAGUGACACAAUCAUCACAAGCAGCGUUUCCAUCUGCAAUGCAACGAAAGCCACCAAGCUACUCAAUCAGCGACGAAGAUCUCAAGUCAAGAGGCUUUCUCCUCCGUCGUACCGCGGAAGGACUGAACCUAGAUCAGCUGAAUUCAGUCUUUGUAGCCGUAGGUUUCCCACGACGGGACACGGCAAAGAUCCAGGUGGCGCUGGAGCACACAGACGCGUUACUAUGGGUGGAAUACGAGAAAACGCGACGGCCUGUGGCGUUUGCAAGAGCGACGGGUGACGGAGUAUUCAAUGCGAUCAUAUGGGAUGUGGUGGUUGAUCCUUCGUUUCAAAGCUGUGGACUUGGGAAGGCGGUGAUGGAGCGGUUGAUUGAGGAUUUGCAAGCAAAAGGGAUCUGUAACAUUGCUUUGUAUUCGGAGCCCCGAGUUCUCGGGUUUUAUCGCCCGCUUGGGUUCGUCUCUGACCCGGAUGGGAUCAAAGGAAUGGUUUUUAUACGCAAACAGAGAAACAAGAAAUGAAAUAUAAAGUUGGAAACUUUAUAAA